CCGGCUAGAUAACUAUGGUGGCAAAGGGGUCAUGGCUUGGGGUGUGGCUCUGUGGUCGCUGGCUACUUUUCUUACUCCCUGGGCUGCAGAGACUUCCUUGUGGGCACUGCUUGCCGUUCGUGCUUUGCUGGGCAUAGCGGAAGGAGUGGCUCUUCCUUCCAUGAAUAACAUGGUGGCGAGGUGGUUUCCUCAAACAGAAAGGUCAAGAGCUGUCGGAAUUGCAAUGGCUGGGUUUCAACUUGGGUCUGCAAUAGGGCUCACGCUUUCACCAAUACUUAUGUCAAAAGGUGGUAUAUUUGGACCAUUUGUAAUUUUUGGAUUGUCAGGGUUUCUUUGGGUUCUGGUGUGGUUAUCAGCAACAUCAAGCACUCCAGGUCGAAGUCCUCAGAUAUCAAAAUAUGAGUUGGAGUAUAUACUGAAUAAGAGGAAAAAAGCCUUUGAUGUAGAUACAAUAAAACCCAGUGGAAGUAAAGUUAAAGUGACUCCUCCAUUCAGGCGUUUGCUUUCAAAGCUGCCAACAUGGUCCUUACUUGUUGCAAAUGGCAUGCACAGCUGGGGAUUUUUCGUUUUUCUUUCUUGGAUGCCCAUAUACUUCAACUCGGUAUAUCGUGUGGAUCUCAGACAUGCAGCAUGGUUUAGUGCUGUUCCAUGGGUUCUGAUGGCUAUCAUGAAUUAUGUUGCUGGCUUGUGGUCAGACAUGAUGAUACAAAGUGGUAUAAGUGUCACUUUAACUCGCAAUAUCAUGCAAUCCAUUGGUUUUGUUGGUCCUGGAUUAUGUCUCAUCGGUUUGGUAAAAGCCAAAAUUCCGUCAAUUGCUUCUGCUUGGCUGACUUUGGCAUUUGGCUUGAAAUCUUUCAGCCACUUCGGUUUCCUUGUGAACAUUCAGGAGAUUGCGCCACAGUAUUCUGGUGUUAUACACGGAUUGGCACUCACUGCUGGAACAUUGGCGGCUAUAAUCGGAACAGUUGGAACUGGUUUUUUUGUUGAUCUGAUUGGAUCUUUCCAAGGGUUUCUGUUGCUUACAUCACUCCUAUAUUUUCUUUCUGCUCUUUUCUACAUCCUCUUCUCUACUGGAGACAGAGUAAAUUUUGAUGAACCUGUUCCUUGAUGAGUGUCAGAAACUGCUAAGCCUACUGUACAGUGUCUUGUAUACAAAAGGAGUACGAGGAUCAUGUCCUCUGGAAGAAGCUUUGACCUAUUCUCGUCUGUAAAUUCAAUGCCUUGUAUAGCUCUAUCGAGGCUCUUUGUUUCAGGUGCAUGUUCAGUACAAGGUUUCCCUGAUAUGAAGAAUAUAUCGAAGUGACCAAGGAAAAAGAAACAAAGUGUAGAAGAUAAUAAUGGUGCUGAAUUGGUUUUCCUUGGCUGAAGGAUUUUAGAGCCAAACGAAUCAUUUAGCGGACAAAGAGAUGGUGGAUGAUGAUUAAUUACACAAGUAACAUUUUACUUGCCUGAUUUUUUUUACUAUAAAGGGAGAAUUUCGAAGUUUAACUUGUUAAUAAUCCGAACUCUAAUGAAAAAUGAAUUUCAGGAAACAGAAUUUUCAAUUAUAUUAAUUCAGAAGGUGAUUGUAUUAGUUUAUACAAUUAGAUUUUAUGCAUUUUGAUUGUGUCUCCGAAUUUUUGAUAA